AUGACAAACAAGUUUGGAUUAGGGUCUUUACCUCUAGAAUCUAAAAAUCCCAUGACGACGUUUAUAAACAAAGCGAAACCUUUUUUCGUAGAUCAAAUCGGAGACACCUUACAAGGGGAUAUCGAUAUGAACAAUUUCAAAAUAACUAAUUUAAAGUUUCCAGGAAACGAUAACGAUGCCGUGAACAAGAAAUAUUUACUGGAUCAAAUUCAAAUAGAUAAGGACCAUGUUGAAAAUAGAAUAAAUGACGUGAAAAGAUACCUCAGACGAAAUAUUAAAAAUCUUGUGAACGAACCCAAACUACAACAAGAGUUAACGAGUUUGAAACGUCUUAUUCAAGUGGAUAAAACAAGUCAGUUGCAAAAUUUAAUAUCUAAAUUAGACGAUAAGAUUACGAAGGUAAAAAUAGACGUCCAACGUUUAAUAGAUAUCCCAAAUGUAAACGAGGAUAGGUUGAAACGAAAACUAACCGCUUUGGAAAGAAAACUUGGCGAAUUGCUAGCAGAACUAGACAAGACCGCGGACAAAACCGAGUUACAAAAUUCGAUAUCCAAUUUGAACGAAAAGAUCGCGAAGCAAAAAUCAGAUGUUCAAGAUAUAAUUAACACACUUCCCAUUGACAAAGAUACGUUGAAACAACAAUUGACUGCUUUGGAUACUAAAAUCACGGACGAAUUAGAAAAAGAAGUGGAGUUUCCCAUGAAGGUUAAAGUCAAUAAAGUAGUCCUCAAACAAACCGGUAGGACCAGAACUCAUAUUUCAUUAUUCAAUGAUGGUAAUUUGGAAGAGAAUAUAAGUUUUUAUAAUAAAAACAAUUAUGAAAUUGAAACGAAAAAUGGUAAAUAUGUAAACACCUUUAAAUUGGAAGUAGAAAAUAAUGAUAUAAGUAGAAUUCAAAUCAAAGAUUUAGAUAUGAUAUUGGAGACAGAAAAUCCACCAUCAAGCAACAUUGUCAAAGUUCCACGACGCUUACACGUACACGGAAAAAUAGAUUCGAGCAGUCACGAGUUUUUACGAACAACAGACUUUGAAUACGUAAAACUGUAUUUCGCUUUAGGUGAAAAAUACACCUCGAUCGAUGUUCAUAAAAGUCAACAAGAAAGAGACUUUAUAUUACAUUUAUCGUUUGCCGAAGACUCCAUCCUUGAAGGUGGUGGUUUUAUUUUUAGAGCCAAGAUAAACAUCGAAAAAGAAAAAAUAAAAUAUUCCUAUCAUCUUAAAGAGGACCAUACGAAAAAAGAAAUGUCGUUAGUACUCGUAAAUGUUUUUACUUUUAAUACCCGCAAAUAUAAUAAUGCUAGGCCAAACAAGCAAACUCUAUACGAUAUUCCGUGGUUUCUUUUAUCGGAAAUUCACUUAAUUUAA